AUGAAUGCUCACCCCAAGGAGAUGGUGCCCCUCAUGGGCCGAAGAACCACAGCACCCAGUGGGAACUCCGUUGUGCUCACAGAGAAGAGGCCGGCCGACCUCACCCCCACCAAGAAGAGUGCACACUUCUUCCUGGAGAUAGAAGGGUUUGAGCCCAAUCCCACAGUCACCAAGACCUCUCCUCCCAUCUUCUCCAAGCCAAUGGACUCCAACAUCCGGCAGUGCAUCUCUGGCAACUGUGAUGACAUGGACUCCCCUCAGUCUCCUCAGGAUGAUGUGACAGAGACCCCAUCCAACCCCAAUAGUCCGAGUGCAAACCUGGCCAAAGAAGAGCAGAGGCAGAAGAAGAAGCGGCUGAAGAAGCGCAUCUUUGCCGCUGUAUCCGAGGGCUGCGUGGGGGAGCUGCGGGACCUGCUACAGGAGCUUCAAGAGCUCUGCAAACGGCGCCGUGGCCUGGAUGUGCCUGACUUCCUCAUGCACAAGCUGACAGCCUCGGACACGGGGAAGACCUGCCUGAUGAAGGCUUUGCUCAACAUCAACCCCAACACCAAAGAGAUCGUGCGGACUCUGCUUGCCUUCGCUGAAGAGAACGACAUCCUAGACAGGUUCAUCAACGCUGAGUACACGGAAGAGGCCUAUGAAGGGCAGACGGCACUGAACAUUGCCAUUGAGCGGCGCCAGGGAGACAUCACUGCAGUGCUAAUAGCAGCAGGUGCUGAUGUCAACGCACAUGCCAAGGGUGUCUUCUUCAACCCCAAAUACCAGCAUGAAGGCUUCUACUUCGGUGAGACACCCUUGGCCUUGGCAGCGUGUACCAACCAGCCUGAGAUUGUGCAGCUGCUGAUGGAGAAUGAGCAGACGGACAUCACCUCCCAGGACUCUCGGGGAAACAACAUCCUGCACGCACUGGUGACAGUGGCUGAGGACUUCAAGACCCAGAAUGACUUUGUUAAGCGCAUGUAUGACAUGAUCCUGCUGAGGAGUGGCAACUGGGAGCUGGAGACCAUGCGUAACAAUGAUGGCCUCACGCCACUGCAGCUGGCUGCCAAGAUGGGCAAGGCUGAGAUCCUGAAGUACAUCCUCAGUCGUGAGAUCAAGGAGAAGCCUCUCCGGAGCCUGUCCAGGAAGUUCACGGACUGGGCUUAUGGGCCUGUGUCAUCCUCACUCUAUGACCUCACCAAUGUAGACACCACGACAGAUAACUCUGUGCUGGAAAUCAUCGUCUACAACACCAACAUUGACAAUCGGCAUGAGAUGCUGACCCUGGAGCCCCUGCACACGCUUCUGCAUAUGAAAUGGAAGAAGUUUGCCAAGUACAUGUUCUUCCUGUCCUUCUGCUUCUAUUUCUUCUACAACAUCACCUUGACCCUCGUCUCUUACUACCGUCCCCGGGAGGAUGAGGCCCUCCCACACCCCUUGGCCCUGACACACAAGAUGAGUUGGCUGCAACUCCUAGGGAGGAUGUUUGUUCUUAUCUGGGCCACGUGCAUCUCUGUGAAAGAGGGCAUUGCCAUUUUUCUGCUGAGGCCCUCCGAUCUGCAGUCCAUCCUGUCGGAUGCCUGGUUUCAUUUUGUCUUUUUUGUCCAAGCUGUGCUUGUGAUACUGUCUGUCUUCUUGUACUUGUUUGCCUACAAAGAAUACCUCGCCUGCCUUGUGCUGGCCAUGGCCCUGGGCUGGGCGAACAUGCUCUACUACACGAGAGGCUUCCAGUCCAUGGGCAUGUACAGCGUCAUGAUCCAGAAGGUCAUUUUGCAUGAUGUUCUGAAGUUCUUGUUUGUUUACAUCCUGUUCUUACUUGGAUUUGGAGUAGCGCUGGCCUCAUUGAUUGAGAAGUGCUCCAAGGACAAAAAGGACUGCAGCUCCUACGGCAGCUUCAGCGAUGCGGUGCUGGAGCUUUUCAAGCUCACCAUAGGCCUGGGCGACCUGAACAUCCAGCAGAACUCCACCUACCCCAUCCUCUUUCUCUUCCUACUCAUCACCUAUGUCAUCCUCACCUUCGUCCUCCUCCUCAACAUGCUCAUCGCCUUGAUGGGGGAGACGGUGGAAAACGUCUCCAAAGAGAGUGAGCGGAUCUGGCGUUUGCAGAGAGCCAGAACCAUCUUGGAGUUUGAGAAAAUGUUACCGGAAUGGCUGAGAAGCAGAUUCCGCAUGGGAGAGCUGUGCAAAGUAGCAGAUGAGGACUUCCGGCUGUGUCUGCGGAUCAACGAGGUGAAAUGGACUGAAUGGAAAACACACGUGUCCUUCCUUAAUGAAGAUCCAGGGCCCAUAAGACGGACAGCAGAUUUGAACAAAAUCCAAGAUUCUUCCAGAAGCAAUAGCAAAACCACCCUCUACGCAUUUGAUGAACUAGAUGAAUUUCCAGAAACGUCAGUGUAGAAGCAUGACUUAGAGCUGAAGUAACACUGUGACACUGCAGGCCGAGUUCUGGUGCUGAAGAAUUGUGCAGAGUGCAGAAUUAGAAGCAAAACACUCCUUACAUCGACUGGCGGCUGCUGAGGGGAAGCUGUCAUGUUCGAAAGGAAAGUACCUUGGGUUUAAUGACUUGAGGGAGGUCAGUGCAAACUCAUGGCCAGCAGUCCUGAGUCUGGAAGUCUUCUGAAGUCUAGGGUGAGGCACCUGCAAGUUGACUCUGCUCCAAGACAUGAAUUCUGGGGAAGGGAGGAAGUAGGGUCUGAGGAGUGUGGAGAGCAGCCUUCCCUCCUGCUAUGGUCCUGUUGUUGGGGCCAGCUCCAGCCCACAGGCUCCUCAGCUCCCUAACUAUGACUACAUUUCCUGAAUUUGUGAGAGACUUUUGAUCCUGUCCCAGAAUGUGCAGAGGACCUGAGCAAAGCCAGGUCUGCUCCUGAAGGAGGGGAGUGAGCUAUGGAAAUGCCCUUCCAAGUCUCCAGCAAACAGGAAACUGAACUCCAUCCUUGGAAUGAAAUCCAAGGCUAAAACUGUCUCCAACUGAGAGAUGCUUUUAAUAGUGAAUUGACACAAGGUUUUUACUUUCAGUUCAGAAAGCCAUUUCAGUUUUGAAUGAAAAUUACUUCAGAUGAAGUAAGUAACUUUAAAAACUGAGAACUAGAUUUUGGGUUUUUGGACGGCAUGUAAGUAUUAUAUACUAGGUCUCAGGGUAGCCAGAGUCAGGACAAUAAGCUGUUCCUCACAUACAUGAAGCCUGAGGGAGACCGGCUGUGACCUGGGGGAAGGGUUUGGCGGCCAUAUUCUUCCAGUCUCACCCCAGUGCUGGCCUGACUUUAUCUGAGACAGAAAUAGUGUUGAUCUAUUUGCAGGUCUUAAAACUCAGAGGUGACUAGCACACAUAAUGUUUCCCAUUGGGGGAGUUCAGCAAGAUACCUGAAAUGCACUGCUAGUAUAUGCUUUUGUUAACUGUGAACUUUGAAACUGUAGCAGAAGGCUUCUGAGGAAAGAAGGUCUGCCAGACUUGGGGCUUAUUGUCCUAGCCUCAGCCUCAGAUUUUUCUUCUCCUUGAAAUUUCAGAGUCAGUUGGAGAUUGAGGAGUUUUUCCAGUGACUAGAAACAAUACCCGCCUCCCCCACUCUUCUGUUAUUUAGUAAAAGGAGUCACACGGACAGGUGUGAGAUGGAAUUAAAGGCCAUUAUGAAGAUUUUUUGAAAAAAUGCUAAAUGGGUCAGAAAUAAGUUGGGUCUUUAGAAAAUUAGGCAUUUGGUGAGCUAAUCUGACUGGUAACGCAGUCCACUCUGGAAGUUUUCUUCAUUCUGGAAGGUUCUGUGUGCCAGCUUAGUUGGACAGGUGAAAAGUUGGCCAUUCCACCCUGCAUGGUCAGAUGGGAGAGAGGUGGUGGAUGGUAGGCCUAGUCUGCAGCGAUCACUGCCUGCUCAGCUUUCUGGGGUCUCUAGUGCUCAAAGGUCACACUCAAGUAGGGGAAGAUGACAAAGCAUGUUUGUGUCUUUGGAGAAGAGAAUAACUGAGAGGAAGUCAUGGGCAGAAGUUGUGAGAGAACCAGAAUAAGAUUGUGGCUCAGUUCAGUAAACAGCUGCCUCAGCUUUGGGAGGUGUUCAAGGAAUGGGCUGAGCACUUAUGGGGGAAGAUUUGAAGAAAGCAAUCAGGUGAAUUUAAGGUUCCUAGACACUCUACAGGCCAGUGUUAUGUAGCUAGAGGCCCCCUGAGUUAUGGUGAGCAGAUGUCCUUGUUUGAAGGGCAACCACUGGCUCUAGGGAGCUAGGAUUCCAGCUUUGCUUUGGCUUGGACGUUGGUAGAUAAAACCACUUAGCUCUGCAUUUCCCACUUGAAUGGAAGGUGGGGGACAUUGGGCAGAUAGAAACAACUAGCUGGACCUUGGUCUUCUUACGUGUUGCGGAGAUCUGCUUUCUGAGGAUCUGGGUGGAAUUUGUUGGCAAAACCAUUUCUGAACUGUAUGUUUAUCUCAAUGUGGGUUACCCGCCAGCUUUCAGCCCAGAGGGUCAAGCUAAGAGGGUUCACAAAACCAAGUAAGGGAAGCCCAACAAAAGGCGUCCUGCUCAAAAGGACCAAGUCCCUCGUCACACACCUGGGCACUCAAGCUCUGGAAUGGGCAUGGACUUGUUCACACUCAGUCAGAGCAGGUGAGGCUAGGAUGUCCUGGUGUCUGGGCCACAGGUGUCCCUCUGCACAGUUUGUAUCAUUGCGUCUUUUUGUAGUUGGCACAUUCAGGGGCUAUUUUUUUCCUUCUCACAUGACUUGGAAGUUAGCAUUGUCCUUAAAACCACAAUGACAAGUGUAAAGGUCAAAUGUGUCUAAAGUCACACAAUAACAAAAAUAACAACAUCACCAACACAACCCAAUGACUCCAUGGGCCUAUCAGGACAUCUUAAAACUCUAUGAUUUACAUUUCAGUAAUGCAGGGGGAAGAGGUUUUCCAGAGAUGGGACUGAGCAUGUUCAGACAGUAGCUGCAAACUCUGUUUUAGUUAAACAUUUCCCCAGGAAGAGUUCUGUAUUCUAGACAUUAUGUCAUAUGUCUGGAAUAACAUAGGUGCUUACCUUCCUUCCCAGUGUUGGGGGAGGGAGUAAAAAGUUGUACUGUGAAGUCAUUGAGCUCUUAGGCACCUGCCCAAGAGAGUACAGUAUUAUUGAGGUUCCUUUCCUUCCUCAGGGUCUGGUGACUGUCUCCUUUGGCUCCAGGUGAGGCUAGGGAGACAGGCCCUCACCAGAGUCUGUAAGCCAUACUUGACUUCUGUAUUGACUUACAUGUUUUUAUCUUAUUUUAUACUUACUGUGAUCUUAGUUCCAGAUACAGAAUUAUCAUCUUGUUCUCACUGAAUGUGCCUGAUUCUUGUAAAAUUUAAUUUAUAGACUUGUUCUUAGUGUUCCAUGUGUGAAACUACAUGUUCAAGAAAUCAUAAAGUGGAAGACUACUUCGGUCUCAUUGAGAAAAUCGUUUUGAUUUCUAAUAAAUAUUUAUUUUGUCA